AUGUUCGGUCUAGGAUCUGCAGGUAUGGGCUCGGCGCCAAAUCCCAAUAGUUAUCGCCCCUCAUCAUCCAAGAGGAAGACGUCUAAAAAAGACAAUACCCCGCCGACAGCUAAGCACUAUACGUACCCAUCUGUCGAAUACUUCGAGCCAGCCAUUGAUGGACCACCAUCACCUCAAGGUAUACGCGCAUACACUGAGCAGAUGAGGAGGGGUUCGGCGUUUGUCCCCAAAUCGACUACCCCUUCAUUCACCUCAGUUUCGUCUUUCCGUUCCCGUCAGUCCAGCCUCGAUUCCUCCAACAGAAUCGAAUUGCAACGAAAAUCCUCCGGUAAAUCAAACGGCAGUAGCAUGGCGACGAAGGAUAAACACGAUAGUCUGAACCUAUUCGGAAAAACAAUUUUUUCUCGAAGCAGCAAGAAGUUCAGGCGUAAUCAUGCUUCAAUGACUGGUUCCUCGACAUCGCUUGCCAGUAGUUAUGCCGAGAAGGAACGAAGCGAAACAUCUGGCCACAGCCCACCAUCUGUUAGUUACCGUUCUCGAAAGAAUACCAUCUCUGGACCAUACAACUUUCAGCACAUCACACACACGCAGCAAAAUGAAUUACCCAACCUGGACGGGAUUCCUCCCACUAAGUUGGUCUCUGAAUUCUCGGCUCUCCGAGCAUCUCAAGCUCCAACACAUGGAAACCUCAGGGGUAUUAGAGCUAGAGAUUUGAUGUUUGAGAAUUUUUCUUCAGUGGCAAUAGACUACGCGCCCGAUGUUGACGCGCCUAGAAGUCCCACAAGCCCCAAAAGCCCGUCGUGUCCUGUUACCCCGCAAAGGCAAGGCGCAUCUCGAGCGUCUGUAACACCACCACAACACCAACCAUGGAGAGCUAUUAAUUACUCCGUGUCACAUGACAAUCUGCGAUCAGCGCCUGUGCGCCCAUCACGGUCUCCCGAGUCUCCUCGUUGUCCCGUCAAUCCACCUGCGCGAACAUCGUCAAGAGCAGCGUCGGCUUUCUUCAGUCAUAUCGACCCCUCCGCUUCGCUGAAUUUUGGUCAACCUUGGAUCCAUGGAGACCUCCAGGAAUCAGCCCCAUUUGAUUUCACUCCACAGACUCACCCUUCACCCCCGAAAUGGAAUAGAAGAGGAUCAGAGGUAUCUAUCAAGCAUCUAUCUCAUGCGGUCACUACUCCUGGCGAGGAGGCGUGGCCUUUAUCUGCACCAUUAAAUGGAGGUUUUGGUGUCGAUCUUGCAGAUGUCCCCGAGGAGGAGGAACAUACUAGGACGCGAUCCAGGGAGUCGAGUACUGAUGGUGAAUUACGACUUUCAAAAUCAGUUCCUGGAUUGAGGAUGAGAGCACUGGAGCAAGCUCCGGAUAUGCCUGAGAUGCCACCAAUACUAGGAAGACUUGGUUCCGUUGACACGACGAGGUUUUCCAAACGAUGCAGCUCACCAAAGCUUGCCCUGUUCACGGACUCUUGGGAAGACGCGAUCGAUUUCUGCUACGAGCAUGAAGCUGACGGAGAGUGGGAUGAUCAAUGUGAUGAAACAACUGAGGAACAUAAACCUGUCAUAACAGCUCCGGCUCCGCCAACUCAAGUGGAACAGCCCGCGAGGGAUUUGCAUGUGGAUACCGAACGUCAUGUUUCUCCUGGUCGAUUUCGUCCAUCACUACUUGUGCCCGCACCUUACGAUCUGCCUGCACUUUCUCCACUAUCAAUUCUGUCGAGCGCAUCGUCAUUCCUGCCCACUCCAACUUACUUCCGCCCUAACCAGAUGCGACCUAUUUCUCACGCAUCUUCGUUCAAAGAAUCGGAUGGGUUCAAUCUCUCCCCAACUCUUCUCAUUCCUUCCGAUGAAUAUCCUCUACAGAGCGAGCAAGAUGCCUUGUUCGACACAUAUCACCACGAUAACAUCCCAUCGGCGUCAAUAUUCCCCAUGGAUACUUAUGAGCAACCUACCUCACCAAUAGAUGAGGCUCUAUCCAGUACCAAUUCUUACCGCUCAUCGGUUUAUUCACAUAAUAGUCUCAGAAGCAGCACUAUCAGUAGUCGCUACAACCGAUCCAGUCAAGAUUCAGCUCUACUUAUCUUCCAGGCAGGAAGCAUGAGUAAAGCUCAUAGAAGUAUUGGAUCCGCUUCUUCUUUACCUGAUCUUGUCCCAUCCCUUCGCCCGAAACGUGACAGCAGAACACUCGGAGCACUUGCGACCACAUCAUCUGACCCGGAACUUAUCAUGAAAGGAUCUGGCCUCAGAUUCGAUGACGACAAGUCAUCUUCCUCUGAUGUUGCUGGCCUUCAGAGUCUCCCAGUCAACCACGUGCGCAAGUCACUCAAAAACGCUCAUUACUUUGCUCCACCACCCACUAUUUCUACGGCUGUUCCUGAUGCACUUUCUAGCAUCCUUAGCCCUGUAGCUGAGAGCUUUACAGAUUCACCUCCUAGACCACGUCUCAGAUCCGCUCUUUCCCGCGAAUUACACGCUCCUGCCUCAGUUGAAUCUUUCAUGUCCAACCACGGACGAAAGGUUUCUGCACCGGUCAUCACCGACAAAAAUGUUCAAGAUGUUCGACCCAGAUCAAGAUCCAACACAUUGUCCAAUGCCGCCAUGGCUGCCAAGCGCAGAGGAAGCUAUAAUCUUUUCCCUGCUCCUCCUACGAGUGCAGCAAAAUAA